AUGCAACGGCCCGGUACCAAUGGAGCCGCCAAGGCACGACCGCCGCCGGCGGGCGGCAACGCCCUGGUGACCUUCGAUGCGCAGCUGGCCAAGCAGCAGGAAGAAGCUCAGCUGGCCAAGGAACGCCCCAAGCCGCGGAACGACUACUUGGAUUGUUACACCGGGCCCAAGGUAAAGUGGGAGGACACGGGUCUCUACAAGGCUUUAGUGAAGAGCCAGGACAUCGAGGAAGAACUGACAAAGAUUCGAAAUCUCAUCCGGAAACGUACAGAUCCUGGUUAUGACCCAGAUGACGAGGAGGACUUCAAGGUGGCGCCAGUGCGGAAGUUCGACUCCAAGGCAGAUUACUACAAGCUCCUAGACGUGGAUGACUUUGCCUCCGUCAAAGACAUCAAAGGAGCUUACAAAAAGCUCGCCUUGCAGUAUCAUCCAGACAAGAACAGAGACAAGAAGCCAGACAAGUUGCGGGAAAUGCAGGAUGAAUUUGAAAAGAUCCAGGAGGCAUACGAGAUCCUCUCGGACCGGGCCACACGGCGGCAGUACGACCGCGCACGCUUCGACGAAGCACGCGCCAAGUCGCAGGGGAUGAACUCCUCCUUCUAUUCCCAGAAGACCAACACCGACAGCAACUUCUGGGGUCGUUGGGGUGGAGCCGCAGAGGGGAAGGAAGGUGGCAAGGCGAAGCUGCCGACCAAAGCCACGAAGCUGCCGAAGGCCGGGGAUCUACGGCUGGAGGUGAAGAUCUCCCUGGAGAAGGCCCUGCGAGGAGGCCUGAAGAUCCGCGAGGUCAAACGGGACCGGAUGCAGCGCGCCUUUGGAGGCACGAGUCAAACUCUGAAGACCGUGAACAUCCAAAUCGACCCUGGGCAGGCUAUGCCCAGCCAGGCGGAUGGCACGGAAUAUCGCCUGCCGGGCGACGGGCAUUGGCCCAGCUUCAACGUGUCACCGGGGGACUUGGUGGUGAGCUUUCGCCACAAGGCUCACGCCUUCCUCCGGCAAGCCGAGGGCGGCCGCGACGGCGCACUGCAGUUGGCGGUGCCACUGCAGGCACGGGCCAAGGCGACGCAAGCGACGCUGGCAGUGUGGUCGCCUACCUUCAAGGGUUCCAUGGUGCUGUUGCGCUUCAGAAAUCCCUUGCUGGACUUAGCACCCAGUAAGGCCUGCAACAUCACCUUCAUCUUGGAAGGCGAAGGUUUGCCCAUUCCCAACACACCCAUGAAACGCGGGCCCUUGGCCAUCACGGUCCAUGAGUGCUGUGAUCCCCCUGUCAAGGUCCAACUGGACGGGCCUGCGCUGGUGCCGAGCUUCAACAGCAGCUGCUGCAAGGAGACCUUGCUGCGGCGACAUGUGAAGCACUACAACCACCAGGGCACGUUGAGGGUGACCUUAACGAAUCCGCGCGCCGCAACGUUGCCGGUGCGGAAGUACGUGGCGGUGGAAGCCAAGGAACGAGCCGGCGCCAAGGUGCCCUUUCCCUGCGUGGUGGUGGUGUGGGAGUCCUCCAAAGACACCGACCUCGUCGCCUUCGCUCAAGCGGCUGCGGCCUUGGGGCACCAUGCCGUGGAGAAUCCGCAGGGCUACGGCUGGUGCUGCAAUGUGCAGCUGCUGCCGCGCGCCCUGCCGUACGCGCACACCACGCUCUCCGACGCCGAGCUCGCUGAGGACGUCGCCGGGCCGAUGGCCACGGUGAAGCCGGGGACGGCGACGGCGGAGACGACCAAGCCGCGAGCGACGUUGACGGAGGUGCAAGAGUUUCUUCUACGCUUUGAUCUGGGCCCCCCAGAGGGUUUCCAUGAUCUGCCAGAGCCGGAAGAGGAGCUGGCGGCGGCCACGACUUUGGGCGCUCCGGGACAAAGCACGGCGGAGGUGACGCUUGGCUCCCGUGUUGGGGCCUCUGGAGGGGUUGCAUCCCAGACUGUGGACUUGCAGGAAGCUGAAGAUGAGGAGGAGAAGGAGCUAACUCGGCUGAUCCGCGAGAAGCAAAGCGACUUGGAUCAGGUGAAGCGGCAGUGGGUCGAACGGAAGGAACGCCUCUCAGGUGAACGCCAGGAGGAGGAGGGACAACUGCGAGAGCUGUUGGAAAAAGAUAAGAAGCGUGAGCUUGAACGCGUGGAGAGGGAGAUGAACGGGCUGCGUUCCAACUUCGAAUUUCAGCUUCAAGCAGAAAAGAAGUGGGUGGAUGAGUUCAUGCAGAAUAACAACUACCAAAACCAGUGGGUUUGCGUCUUCAAGCCUGCCAUGGUGAUACGCAACAAACCGCAAGAAGACGGCCCCAUCACGCGGCGCGUCAUGUUCGACGAGGUGGUCAAGGCGAAGACGUGGAAGGUCACGGAGGACCACUGGAUCCAGCUGGAGACAGAUGAAUGGGCCUUGACCUGGCACAAGGUGCACGGCCAGUUGCUUCAACGAUGGUUCAACGCUGAGCAGCAUCGCUUCCGAGAUCUACAGGCCAAGAUUGACGAGAGGCGCAAGGCGCUCGAGCCCAGUCUGACGAUCGGGUCGUGUCGUCACGGUGAAGUUCGGAAUGAGACCUUCGUGGCGUACCAGCGGAAGAAGAAAGAGAUCGAGGAGUGGAGCAUUCCUCCUGGGCCGUCCGCAGAGGAAAAGUGCGAGAUCGAAGAUGAGGAGUGUGAACAACUUCAUUUUCUGAUGGAGCCCAUCGUGAAAGAGCUGAAAGGCUAUAAGAGGCGGCUCCGUGAACUGCGGCAGAAACGCGUUGAGGCCGCCGUGGAACGGCAAAGGAAGGUGGACGGUUUCCUUUCCAAUGCUCCAUUGCCAAAGGGCUUCGAAGAAUCUUUGGAGGCCCCCGAAGAACAAACGGUUCCUACUCCGGAGGUUGAGAAAAGGCCUUGGGAGGAGACAAAGCAAGCCGCUGACAAAGCCUUCAAAGACAAGGACUGGAACACGGCGCUCUCCCUUUACAGCAAGGCCCUGGAGUCGGAGGAGUUGGAAGCGCUACAGCGCGCCACGCUGCUGUCCAACCGGGCCCUGUGCUACAAUCGACUCUUCGAGUGGAACAAGAGUCUGGAAGAUGCUGUCGAUGCGACCGUCUUGGAAGCCGAGUGGCCCAAGGGCUGGUUGCGGCGCGCCACCGCGGAGUUGCGCUUGGCAAAGACGCGGGAGGCUUUGAGUUCCUUGAAGCGUGGAUUCAGCUGCGCAGGGAAGACGGCCGGUCAGUUCUUGGCUCUCACCACCGAGUGCGAGGCGGCCUUGUACAACGACAAGAUGGAUGAAGUCGACGUGCCGGACCACGCCGUUGGGCGCAUUGCCAAAUUCAAGGAGGAAGGAGAUGGCGCCUUUAAGCAGAGCAACUAUGGAGUGGCAGUGCUGUGCUACACCAGGGCCUUGUACCAUCGUUCCAUGAUGGAGUCCAAAGAGGAGGCCGUGGUGUUGUCCAACCGUUCGGCCUGUUUCUUGAAGCUGGACCUGGCCAAUGAGGCCCUGGCGGAUGCCUUGGCCGCUUCUGAAAAGGACCAACUCUGGUCCAAACCCUUGGUGCGUGCCGGGCAGGCAGCUCUGCAACUGGACGACUUCAAAGCUGCAUAUCAGAACUUUGCCAAGGCGUUGGCCAUGGCCCUGGCGCGACGUUUGGAUGAGCACUAUGAGGCGGCCAAUGAUGGAGUGCAGAGCUGUCUGCAGAAGAUAAUUCGCUGGGAGUAUUCCGCUGCGGCCAGACGGUGGAGUCGCUUCGCGCAAGAUCGCCAGCGGCCACGUGAGGGCCUGCGAGUGUGGGCAUUGAGUGAUGUCUUCUUUGACCAACACGGCGUGCCCGAAUGGCUUGGGUCCUCGGAUGUGCGCUUUCUGCGCUUUGGCUGA